GUCAGCUCCCCUCCUUUGCGCACUUUCUCUCUCUAUCUCUCUCUCUACAGACAGAAAAAGAAGAAAGCUUUCGGAGAACUCAACACAGAGAUCGAUGUCUGAAGAUUGGGAUCUCUUCGCCGUCGUUAGAAGCUGUGGCUCUUUAGCUUCGAGCAUCGCCGGUGAUGGAGGAGAUGAAGAUAAAGACGACGACGACAGUCGAAAACCAGAGAACCCUCUUUCUUCCUUGGCGGCAGGAUUCAGCUUCGACCGACAAGAACCUUCCUCGUUCCCUGACGGAGACGACAGGGAUAGAAACACAGCCAUGGAAUCUUCUUCCAAUUGUAAUAAGCUUCGAGAUUCUCGCAAGCCCUUCUUGUCAAGUUGUUGUUCUUCAUCUUCGUCUUCGUCUUCGUCUUCUUCGCCUUCGUUGGUUUCUACUGUCAACAAUGUCUUGAAACGAGAACAAGGAAAUAAGCCGCAAGCUCGGAAAGCUCUCGGAGGGGUUAGGGUUUUUCCGAGCUCUGAAACUACGAUUCCUCCUCCUCCUGUUUUUGUUUUCAGAGGUCAACGAGAAGAGCAACAGCAACCUCAAGCUCCUGCUCGAUCUCGAAAGCGAAAAAACCAGCAGAAGAGAACAAUAUGCCAUGUAACUCAAGAAAACCUGUCUUCUGAUAUGUGGGCAUGGCGUAAAUACGGGCAAAAACCCAUCAAAGGCUCCCCAUACCCGAGGAACUACUACAGAUGCAGCAGCUCAAAGGGGUGUUCGGCAAGGAAACAAGUGGAGAGAAGCAACUUAGAUCCAAACAUACUCGUCGUCACAUACACCGGAGAACACACUCAUCCCCGACCAACUCACCGGAACUCUCUCGCCGGAAGCACCCGGAUCAAGCCCCAAACCGUUAACCCGGAGUUACCGGGUCAGGCGAAACCCGGGCCCAACGACGCUGCAAAGCCGUCGGAGAUUCUCUCGCCGACGACGCCGUUGAAGGAAAACGACGUCAUUCAGGGAACGCAUGUGGAUGAAGAUGAUGCUGAUGCUGAUGUUGAUGUUGAUGAUGAUGAUGGUGGUGGCGAUGGUCAUGAUGAUCAUGUGGAUGGUCUAUUACUAUUGAUUCCUAAUUUGACUGUGAGGGAUCGAGAGAAUUUGUUCUCGAACGUGCAAGGUUUCGUCGGAGCUUUUCCUUCUUGGUCACCCGGCGGUUCCGCCGCCGGAGAGGGCGGUGGAUGAGGAUGAAUCUCCGGUCAGAAGCAAAAAGUCAGUUUUUUGCCCUUCAUAUACGUUUUUUUUACCGUAUCAUUUACUGACGUUACUGUAUGGGUUUCUUGGUAAUUUUUACCAUUUCCCUUAUCUUAUAUCACAUAAAUACACAUAAUUUGUUAGUUUUAGCCUUUUAGAUGAUUUAGAUAAAUAAAAUGUUGUAAUAAUAUGUGGGUUAAUUUCGUGCACAUGUAGCCUUCUAAUUCUCGAGGCCUUUUUUUAAUCAAUUUAAAUCAACACACUGUAAAUUACAAU